AUGCUUCCACACAACAUGAGAAAGCCCACAAAUCUCAUGCUGGUGAGCGUCCUCUGCUUGCAGUUGAUGAUCGUGCUGAUGGUGAUGAUGAUGCAUCUAGAACAAGCUCAUGCUCAACAUGUACGAUCAUUUCCUUUCAAUUAUAAAGCUCAAGUCGAUCAAAUUAUUCAAACCAUUACUCGUGGUUCCGAGAGAGGAAAAGUCUAUGAAUUAUUGGCCUAUAUUGCCGAUACUUUUGGAGGAAGAUUAGUGGGAUCUAAAGCCUAUGAUUUGGCAGCUCAAGAAUUGGUUCGGAAUAUGAAACAGGAUGGAUUUGAAAAUAUUCAGUUACAACCUGUUUUCAAUGUUACUCAUUGGGAACGAGGUGAUGUUGAAGAAUUACAAAUGUUGGAACCUCGAUUCAUUCGAAGAAUGGAAGUCAUGGCUCUCGGAACCUCUCCAGGUGGCUUCAUUGAGAAGGCAGAGGUGGUGGUUCUGCAUAAUUUUGAAGAGCUUGAGGCGAUCAAUGUGCGUGGGAAAAUUGUUUUAUUCAAUUUUCAGUGGAAUGGGUAUGGAAAUUCAGUAAUUUAUCGUAGUAGAGGACCAGCAGAGGCAGCAAAGAAAGGAGCUCUUGCAUGCUUGGUACGAUCCGUUACGCCAUUUUCAAUCUAUUCUGCACAUACGGGUGUCACUAAUUUUGAUGAGAAUGGACAUAAAAUUAUGGCUGCUACCAUUACAGUUGAAGAUGCUGAAAUGAUUGAUCGAAUGGUGCGUCGUGGUCAACGUGUAGUAUUGAGCUUGAGGUUGAAUUGUCAAAAUUUCCCUCCAAUUACAUCUUAUAACAUUAUUGGAGAAAUUAGAGGAUCUACAAAACCCAAUGAAGUCAUUGUUGUUGGUGGACAUUUUGAUUCGUGGGAUGUUGGAGGCACAGGUGCUAUGGAUGACUUGGGAGGAAUUAUGGUCUUCUAUGAGGGUAUUAAAACCUUACUCAAAUUGGGAAUGAGGCCCAAGAGAACUAUAAGACUGGUUGGAUAUUCUGCCGAGGAAUUUGGAGGUGGAAAAUUUGGAGGUAUGAGCUAUGUGGAACAUUAUCGUGAUCAAUUGAAGGAUCAUCUUCUUGGUGUCGAGUCGGAUGGAGGUCCAUUCAAACCCUUAGGUUUUGAAUUUACUGGAGGUCCUAGAGGAAUGAAUCUUAUUAAUCAAAUCGCAACUGGUUUAUUGUCGUCAAUUAAUUCCACAAAAAUUGUCACAGGUGGUGGUGGUGCUGAUGUAAAUCCAUUACGACAAGUUGCUGGCAUUCCAACCAUGUCACCUUAUGUGGAUGAUCAAGAUAGAUAUUUCUGGUUCCAUCAUACAAGAGCAGACACAAUGACUGUGCUAAAUUCUGACGAUUUGGAUUUAUUGUCUGCCUCCCUUACCUCAAUGCUCUAUGUCAGUGCAGAUAUGGAUGAACGUUUUCCAAGAGACUAA